CACUUGUCGUUUUCAAGUAGGUGUCUUCUUCUUGUCUGCUUUCAACAUCUGUGUCUAAAUAACAGGACUUCUGGGAAUGUUCGAUUGUCACACGAUCAACCAACAGACAGACGCACAUACAAACACACAUGGAAAUUAAAAAUAUACAAGUUUUAGGUAUCAGAAGUUGCACAACAAAAAAUAUCCCUAGAGUUAAACAAAUGGUUGCUCUUUGAUUAGAGCUUCAGCCACGCAAAAAAUCACACAAACAAUACAUAAAUUAAACUUCACUCGUCUUCUUCAUCUACUAGGUUUAUGUGAGGGAUAAAACCUUUUUUUGUAUAUUUUUCAAACGGCUCUAAAACUGUCUCUAUUCGUGUUAUCAAUGAAUUAAUACGUGCAUUGCUGAUGGUUUUCUUCGUUUAGGUUUGGGACCGGCUGAAUAAUCAUUUGAUUAAAUAUUCACAUAAUAUUGCUCGUCUUUUAUAUCUCUGACAUCAAUAGUCUUUUUUAUUUAUUUGCAGUUACUGGUAGAUGACCAUAUGGUUGACGAAUAUUUGAUAUUGCCUUAGUCACCUAUCGUUUUUCACCGAUAACAUGUGAUGGUGUCGAUGAAAUCGUAGUUAAUGGUUGGAAAACGUAGAUUGAGACUGGAGAGAAGAGGAUGAUGUUGUAUCUGUAGUAGUGGCGGGCUGUGAUUGAUCCCAAGAAGGAACUGCCAGUUUCAUUAUUGGAAAGAGCUGGUAGAUGAAUUUGAGCAGGCGAAGAAACAACAGUCGAAGUUGUAACAGCGGCAGGGGAGGUUAAGGGAAACGAAGAAACGACAAAUGUUGUUCGUGGCGGUGGUGAUGAAAAUGAGACAAGUGCAGGAGCUGUAUAUGGAGAUAAUCAAACGGAUCUGUGA